GUUUAGAUUUCACCACUCGACCAAAAGAUAGUUUACUUGACGAUUUAAGAUACGCGCUUGAACAUGCGAAAGAAUUAUAUGCUGACAUAGCUUGGGAGUUCACCUUGGCGCUUAGUCCAACAAUCAUCUAUGCUCACAAAGCUAUUUUAUAUGCUCGAAGUUCACGAUCAUUUCAAGAACGUUUCUUGAAAAAUAAGGAUGCAAAUGGAAUGUCUAUAAGGUCUUUGCGGUUAUCCAAUACGGAUCCGGCUAUGAUAAAGACAGAUGCAGAUCCAUUCUUGUUUAGACAGGAAUUAAAAUUUUUUUAUACUGCUGAAGAAGGUGGUGAAGAUUUUUUACAAGCUGUAGAUACUACGGAUGAACUCGAGCAAGACAAGAUAAAAGAAGAUUUAUUAUAUAUGCUUAAAUCAAAAUUAUAUACUGAUGUCGAGCUUAUAUUGGAAUUUGUAGAGGAUGAUCUUGAAAUUAUUGAUGAAGAUGAAGAUGAAGGAGUUUUCAAACCUAUAGUAAUUCGUGCUCAUCGUUUUAUGUUAUCAUCAAGAUCUGAAUAUUUCAAAAAAAUGCUUAGUUCUGAUUUUAUUGAAGCUC